AUGGAUAAGAAAGGACAUUAUUUACAUUUUUACAAAAUUUUACUAAAAAUGGACGGAUCUGAGCAAAAUAACGAUUUGGAAGUUAUGAAGAAAAUGGAGGACGAACAUUUACGCCUUCAGAGACAGAUACGCAUGGUACAGGCUGAUAGGCAAAACCGUAACAUGGGCGUGCAUCCUCAAUUCAGGAGACAGGACCAGCUGUUGAGAACACUGAAGAAGGAAUAUAUUAAUCUGCGGACAGAUUUGAAAAUAGCAAGAUCUGGUGCCCAUAAAAAGAAUAGCAAAAGAAUGAGGUAUGAGCUACAAAAAGCGUUGCUGCUUUACACCAAGACUGGGUUCGAGUGUGAUGAGGGUAUAAUUCUCAUGUCACAAAUGGACGAAUUGGUGCAAAGAAAGAACAAACGGUUGUUACAGUUGAAGAAGGUCGUUAACGCCAACAAUGGACAGUUAGAAGAACGUCGUCUGCUCAGUGAGAACCGGCUGGCCUCGACUGAGAAUAAAUUAGAAGCCGCCAUGUUGAGGUUCAAUGCAGUCCAGUGUGAGAACAAGAAAAUUCGAGAAGAAAUCGAACAUAUGCUGAGUGACAGGGCAAUAUUCAACGAGGCCUGGUCGAAAAUGCUCAAUGCUCUUAAGAAAGGGAAAAAGUUUCUGACAGAUCUGUUCGAGUCUUCCACGCUGGCAUAUGACCAGAGGGACGAGUGGUGCGCCAAGCUAAGGUCUGUACAAGAGAAAGGAAACCUAGACCAGAUGGUACAAGUGCAGGAAAUGCGUGAUCUCCAAAAAGCCUUUGACCACGAAAUGAAACUCUACCACUUUCUUGCGAGAAAGGGAGUCAUGCGCAUCAAUAGAAAGCAAGAAGAGAGGGAAGAAGCCGAGAAGAUAAAAGAAGAAGAAGAUAUCAAGCACGAAUUCGAGCGUCACAUUAAAAUUAUCAAUGAAGUAACGGACUACACGAAAGAAGACAGCAUAAACAAGAUCAUAGACGAAUUCAAUCGUUUGGAACAAGAGAAUUUCUCAAUUUACACGCUGUUGACGGACUACUGCGCUGAGAAUGAAGUUCUUAGCAGGGACUUGAAGGCAACGCGAAGGGAAAUCGAGGACAGAAGAGACUGGAAUGAAAUGAUGGAAGGAAAAAGGCAAAACAAGCUGCGAGACUUGAGAAAGAAGUUAGAAGAACAAAAGUUGAAAACAGAAGAGAAAAGGAAGAUCUAUAAAGAACGAGAAGAGUUACUUAAUAACACCAUGGACAGUGUUAGUGAAAUAUUUAGAAUCCUAGACUGCAGCAUGGAACCAUUCGCAAACCUACUUGGUGAUAAGCAACCCUCACUGCACCAGCUCGACCUGACCUUCCGUCUCAUCGCAGAGAAGAUAAGGGAAUAUAUCCAAAUUACAUACUAUUAUGAACGUCACAUGAUGAAGAGGGGUGACAAGAGUACCUCCCGCUUGAAGAAUUAUACGAUACACCCUCAACCCCCCAGCUGUUGGGCUGCGACCCCCAUCAACCUACUGGUUCCAGCCAACCCCUGCCCAGCUUGCAUAGAAGCCCGCUGGCUCUCCCGUGUCUCUGACACUUUAGAACAGCCAUUCAACAAGGCCCAGGUACUGGAGGCCCUCAGAGGACUUUGUGAGGACCCCGCCUUCGAGAGAUCUGACCGAGUGCAUCAGCUGACAGAGUGCCGCGUGCCACAGAGCAGAGUUAUCCUGGCGAGGCGGUAUAUGCAUCAGUAG